GUAUCUCAGGUCCAGAGGAGGAUCAGAGAAUUUCACUGAGAAACCUCCAUCCCUGUGUGAUCUCCUCUAACGGGAGAACUGAAGUGAUGGCGGGUUGCGCGGAGGAUUCGUGGAUUUUUGCUUGACAGGCACCAGAAUCUUCUUUUGGAUUAGUUGAUUGGUUUAUUUAUGGGGGAUUUCCAUUUACCUACUGAAAAAUGCCUUUUGCCAAACGGAUCGUUGAGCCCCAGCUGCUAUGCAGACACCCCAUCCCUAAUGAUGAAGGGUUACUGUUCGAGGAUCUGUGCUCCAUCACCAAUGUGGCUCUAUCCCGGACCCUGCGGCAGCUCUCCGACCUGUCCAAACACGCCUGCUCCUUAUUUCAGGAGCUUGAGAACGAAAUAGUCUCCACAAACCAACGGGUUUGGGCUUUGCAGAACAAAAUAGCCAAAAUCCAUCAAACCGCCAGUGCGCUGGAUCCAAAACUGGAGGCUGUGCCCGUAUCAAAUCUGGACAAUGAGAGUAAACUGACAUCCCACUAUCAGGCUCCAUGGCAUCAACAACACAAUCUGUUCCACACUUGUACACGGCCACCAUGUCUGGAGGAGUUGCACCGACAUGCCAAGCUCAACCUGCGGGCACUGCAAAGAGACCAGCAGCAGCGUCAGCGUUCAACCAGCAAAGAGCGUGGUCGGGUCACCAUAUCGAUAUCUGUGGCCCCGCCCAUGCCAACCUUCCCUUCAACUCACAAACUCAGAAGGCGGGAGCAGAGGGGCCGACACUCACGCCUGGAGAGAAGCAUUAGAGAGAGUGAUGUGCAAACUAUCCAGAGGAAGGAGAGACCAGCCAAAGAGGCUGAAUUCAAACCCGUCCUCAGAAAGUAUCAGCGCUCCCGUUCCUCCUCCCCUGUUCAGUGUUGUUACUUCAUUCCCUGGAUUAGAAAGGCUGGAACCAACACAGAAACAGAUGGAGAAUUGCCAGUGAUGAGCCAUAGGCCUAAAUGUCCUGUUCCCAAUGUACCUACCAUCUUGGACAAACAGACCAACUGGUCCAAAGCCCUGCCUCUUCCCACGCCAGAAGAGAGAAUAAAGAAUGACUCUCAAGUAAUUCCAUCCUGUAUAAUUCCAAUAAAUGUUUCUGGUGUUGGAUUUGACAGAGAAGCUAGUGCUCGCUGCUCUCUUGUUCACUCACAGUCGGUUCUACAGAGACGUCGAAAACUCAGGAGGCGAAAAACGAUAACUGGCAUCCCCAAACGUGUUCAACAAGACAUGGAUUCUGAUGAAUCACCUGUGGCUAGAGAGAGAACAGUUAUCAUCCAUGCCAACCCACACAAGUCACUAUGGCAUGAGGAGCUCUCCCUGAGUGGCCGAGUAUUGCACACCAAGGACUCUGGCUGUCAGACAGAUGACUUCUUGAUUGCAGCUCCAUCCCGGAGGCGUAUCCGUGCCCAGAGGGGUCAGGGAAUUCCAGCUUCUCUCUCACACUCCACUGGAAACAUCACCUCCCUGCCAGAUCGCUCUGAUACUGUGUAUGCUGCAGCAUCAGCCACUCGUGUUCGUUCUAGAAGCCUACCACGUGAGGGUGGCCGGCUUCUGGAUGAGGAUCAAGAUGACAGUGAUGAAGAUGAUGAUGAUGAUGAUGAUGAAGAGGAAGAACUCUCUUCAUAUGAAACCGAAGACUUCCUACCAGGUCCAGGACAGAGAAUUCCAAAGGAUGAGGAAGAAAGUACUGAUGACCAGGCCAUGCCAGAGCUACAGUUUGGAAGUCUCAAGCAUAUGCAGCAUUCAGAGAGCCCUGACCACACAUGGAUUGAGAGAGGCAGAUCCAGGCUCCCACGCAAAGUUGACAUGGGGAGCUGUGAAAUUUCCUCCAGCUCUGAUACUUUCAGCAGCCCCAUCCACUCUGCCUCCACUACAGGAGUGCUUGGCAGCCAGAUGGACCAUAAAGAGGAUCACCAGUCCUCAAGUGGCAACUGGAGUGGAAGCAGCUCCACUUGCCCGUCACAGACAUCUGAAACUCUACCACCUGCUGCCUCUCCUCCCCUGACUGGAUCCUCACACUGUGAUUCAGAACUCUCCCUCAAUAAUGGAUCCCAUGUCAUUGAUGACACCACUGGCUUCAUAAUUGAUCCCUACCACAUUGACAAGCCACAAGGACAGGGGCAACGAUCCAAUUCUUUUACCUCAUCGGCUACUGAUCAGAUGGAUGAUGCAGGGGUCAGCACUGCUAGUGAUGGUGAGUGGAACUGCGCCCAGGACCAGCAAGAUCAGCCCUGCCCCCAAGACUUCAGCCCAAAGCAUUCCAGAGAGGAUGAGAGUGGCAUCAGCUGCCCCAGUUAUUCUAGUGGGGAAACUUAUGAGAGCUUCAGUGACCAAGUAUCCGCUAGGAAAUCUGAGAUGCACUACAUCGUUGACACUGAAGGAUUCUAUUCCUCCAUGCAUUUUGAUGGUGGUGUUAAGGAUAGCAGAAGCUACUACAACUAUGCAGCCAUUGACCCUGACUGUGGCCCAAGUGGAAAUGUAGCACCUGGCAUGGGUGAAUUCCCUCAGUCAGAGUACAGAGCCACCAGGACACUCGGCAGACCAUGUCUCUCCUUAAAAAAACCAAAGGCCAAGCCACACCCACCAAAACGUAGCUCUUCAUUAAAGGAAACAAGCAGUGGUGUGAACAUUCUAGAGCAGAACGAACCAAAGAUUACUUGCGAGUUGCCACUGCCCUUGUCUUCCAGAGAGAUGAAAUUGCAGCUGGACUUGGCUGGUUCUGCAGGGCACCUUGAGACUCCAGGUCUUGAGUCACUUGGCACAUGGGGAGUGGAGAACGUCAGGGACGUACUUGACUGCUCCUCUCCAUUCAGUUCCUCGGACACACAUUCAUUCAAGGACGAAGGUGCUGUGCAGGCAGACUAUGCAGACCUCUGGCUCCACAAUGACUUGAAAUCAAAUGACUCUUACCGGUCUCUGUCCAACUCGAGCACUGCUACAGGUACAACUGUUAUUGAAUGCAUCAAGUUACCAGAAUGUGCAGAAAUGCAAGCCUGUGAACCCAGGUCCAGACCUACUUCCCCAACUCUUCCUCCACCUGAAGGUGAGUUCAAGCUUGCUUCCCCUGAAAAGCUGGUAGGCUUGGCAUCCCCUUCCAGUGGAUAUUCUAGUCAAUCUGAAACACCUACAUCUUCCUUCCCUUCAGCUUUCUUCCCAGGGCCCCUUUCUCCAUCCAGUGGCAAAAGGAAACCCAAAGUCCCUGAAAGGAAGUCCUCACUUUGUUCCCUACAACAGCCACAGCUUUCAGUCCGAAACCCAGGCAUUUCCUUCAGGAGGGAAACUGACAUCCAUGCCAUACCGCCCAGUCACCUUGACCUAAGUGCUCUUCACAGCAAGCACAUUCCCCACAGAAAUCAGAUGCACAUCCUACACCAGAAUAAGCAGAAAGCUGCCAUAGCUGCAGCUGCUGCUGCAGAAGCUCGCAAUACAGCUGCUGCUUCUGCUGCUGCAGAGGCUCGCACUGCAUCUGCAGCUUCUACUUCAGAGUGUGCAACAAGCACAGUAACCAGCUCAGCCCAUUUGGCCAUCACUCCAACUGUUCUUAGAUCAGUUCAACUGCGAUCUAUUGGUAGAACAGCUGAAGGAAAACAAGAGUAUGAUCUGGCCAGUGCAAAUCCAGUAACUCGUCCCAAGUGUCCCACAAUAAUAACUGAUGCCCCAUCCUCUAGCAACAGGCACAACAGGAAACCACCAGCCUACAAACCCCCUGUGGCACAGCUCUGUGAAUCACAGGUUCCACUUGUGGAAAAUGUUGUUCUUUCCCAGGAGGAAGUGAAAGUGAGGCAGGAAAGGCUUGGUCCUGGUACUUACUGGGCAAUGACUGCUUUCAGAACUCCUGUAGACCCUACUCCUAAAAAAGAAGACUCUUCGACAAGGUCAUCUCAAGGUCGCGAGCAAGAAAAAGACAGCAGAAUGUAUCCAGAUGUGCAACUGACAUUGUCACCAGAGAGACUAAAACAAGAUCUAAAUCAACUAUUGCGGCCAGACACUUCAGCAUAUCCUGUGUGUUUGGCCAGCACAAUGCCACCCCCUGCUUACAGUGAAAUACAGAGGAGCAAUUUUGUACUGUGCAACAGUCCUGACAAAGUGCCUGUUUCAACUCAAGAGGCAUUGCACACUUACACAAUCAGCGAUGUACAAGUCCGAGAAGAGGAUUAUGAGACAUCAGGUGUCACAACCAGAAGUGCCUCACAGGACAUAAGGGAAGAAGGAUCGACCCCAGACACAGAGGACUACUUCAGCAAGGAAUCAACUCCCAGUGACAAUUCAACCUCUCCUUUGACUGAUGACUCUAAACCUGAUGAUGAUAAUGUUUUCCCAUCCCCCAACAUACUACGCACAACUGAAGAUCUGUUUGCCAUGAUACACAGAUCUAAAAGGAAAGUGCUGGGACGUAAAGACUCUGGGGAGAUGAGUGGAAAAAGUCGGCCUGGUGUAGCACCUGCAACCGCCCCUGUCAGCAAUCCUACUGUAUGCCCGAUCACCCCAGCUGCCUCAAUCCCUUCAAACAGCUCCCAACGAGCCUCAGGACCCAUCUACAGGAGUGCCAAAAAGUCCAGUACAUCCAGUGAGGAGUUCAAACUCCUGCUGCUAAAGAAGGGUAGUCGCUCAGACUCGAGUUACCGCAUGUCUGCUACGGAGAUCCUUAAGAGCCCCAUCACACCCAAGACUCAAGGAGAGCUGCUAUUAGAGGCUGCAAGUCACCCAGAGGAGCCCCCCUCACUCCUACAGGAUUCCACUAGCAGUGGCGAUCCACUUCUAAGCCAAUUCCCUAAGGCCAACAGUGAAGUAUUCUCUCCAAAAACACUUACCAUGUCAGCUGCCUCCAGACAGGGACGUUCCAGAAUUCCACCUGCAGCAAAUAGCAGUCGCUAUAGCACGCGGAGUCGGCUGUACACUGCGCCAAUGCAGGCCAUAUCAGAGGGAGAGACUGAGAACUCAGAUGGAAGUCCACACGAUGACCGCUCCUCUUAGUGGUAUAACCAUUUUUUUAACCACUUAUCAAAAUCAUAAACCUUUUAUAAUAUGAAAACAUUCUAUUUGAACUGUAUGAGAGUGCUGUUCGCAUAUUAUGAUCUACCUUACUUUUCUCCCCUGAUGU